GCAUUUGUGGACAUUUGUUGACUUGCUUAUGUUCUGUUUGGUUUCUUCAAUCUGAACACAGACUUCAUUCUCUUGACUCACGGCGUGCGCCUUAAUAGAUUCUCUCAAACCAAACAUUCACCACAUGGGUCAUCACACAGCAAACCACUCUCACACUCUCUCGUGUGCUCAGCUCACCUCUGUUUCUCUCUCUCGUGUGCUCAGCUAACCUCAGAUUUGCAAACUUGGUCACAGAAAAAGAAAAAUCCCAUAAAGGGUAUUGUAGAGGUGCUGUUUUUGCUAUGCUUGGGGGUUUCAGGUGAAGGGUUGGGUUCAGCUUUCUCCUUCUCCUUGGCAUGGAAUUGAGGAAGGAAAAGCUUGUCAGGUUUUAUUCAGAUGAAAAACGGCAUGAAAAACGGCAUAAAGAAUCUUUAUGGGGAAGAAGAACUGAACCAUCUCAGCUUGAGAAGUCAUCAUCUCAAUAUAAAGUUUCAUCAUCUUCAUUGCUUAAAUCUGAUACUGGCCUAGUUGGGGCCAGAAAUAGAUUUGUUGAAACUUUCAGCAUUGGGCAUUCAAAGGUGUUUCCCGAAGACCAUGAGCCUUGGCGCAAGAGGAUACUUGACCCGGGUAGUGAGAUCGUGUUGCAAUGGAAUCGGGUUUUCAUUAUGUCGUGCUUGGUGGCACUUUUUGUUGAUCCAUUGUAUUUUUACUUGCCAAUGCUUGGAGGGAAUACAAACACAUUUUGUGUGAAGACAGAUUUGAGGUUACGAAUUGUUGUCACUUGUUUCCGGACCAUUGCAGAUAUCUUUUACUUGUUGCACGUGAUCAUAAAGUUUAGGACAGCUUAUGUUGCACCAAGUUCUCGCGUCUUCGGGAGGGGUGAACUUGUCAUGGACCCAAAGAAGAUUGCUCAUAGGUAUAUUAGAUCUGACUUCUUCAUUGAUCUCAUAGCUACAUUGCCCCUUCCUCAGAUAGUCAUCUGGUUUAUUAUACCAGCAACGAGAAGGACCCAAACAGAUCAUAACAACAAUGCACUUGCCCUAAUUGUUCUGCUCCAAUAUGUCCCUAGAUUAUAUCUUAUUUUUCCGUUAAGUUUGCAAAUAAUCAAAGCAACUGGAGUGGUCACAAAGACUGCCUGGGCAGGGGCUGCAUAUAAUCUGCUCUUGUACAUGCUGGCCAGCCAUGUAUUAGGAGCAGCAUGGUAUUUGCUAUCAAUUGACAGAUAUACCUCAUGCUGGAAGUCAUUUUGUAAAAAGGAAGUAAGCUCCACAAAAUGCUCGCUUUCUUAUCUAGAUUGUGACAAUUUUAACAGCAAAGGUUACCAGACAUGGGCUCAUAGUACAAAAGUGUUUGAGAAUUGUAAUCCUGCAAAUAACAAUUUCAAAUAUGGCAUAUUUGAAAGUGCAGUGGCAAAAAAUGCUGUUUCCGCAAACUUCAUCACAAAGUACUUCUAUUGUUUAUGGUGGGGCUUACAGCAACUAAGUUCAUAUGGGCAGAAUUUGUCAACAAGCACUUUUAUUGGAGAGACAUCAUUUGCCAUUCUCAUUGCCAUUGUAGGUCUUGUAUUAUUUGCCCACUUGAUAGGGAAUAUGCAGACCUAUCUCCAAUCUAUCACUGUGAGGCUUGAGGAGUGGAGGCUUAAGAGAAGAGACACUGAGGAAUGGAUGAAGCAUCGUCAACUCCCAGAAGAUUUGAGACGGCGUGUUCGACGCUUUGUUCAAUACAAGUGGCUGGCAACUCGAGGAGUUGAUGAAGAAGCCAUUCUUCAUGGCUUACCUGCUGAUCUCCGUCGUGAUAUUCAACGCCACCUGUGCUUAGAUCUUGUUCGAAGAGUCCCCUUCUUCUCACAGAUGGAUGAUCAGCUUCUUGAUGCGAUAUGCGAGCGUCUAGUGUCGUCCCUAAGCACGGCGGGCACUUACAUAGUCCGAGAGGGUGAUCCUGUGACAGAAAUGCUCUUCAUCAUUAGAGGUGCUCUGGAUAGUUCUACUACCAAUGGUGGCCGGACUGGUUUCUUCAACUCAAUAACUUUAAGACCUGGGGAUUUUUGUGGUGAGGAGCUGCUUGCAUGGGCUUUGCUCCCAAAAUCCACUGUUAAUUUGCCUUCUUCAACACGAACAGUUAAAGCACUUACUGAAGUUGAAGCUUUUGCAUUGCGGGCUGAAGAUCUCAAAUUUGUGGCCAACCAAUUCAGACGCUUGCACAGCAAGAAGCUGCAGCACACCUUUCGGUUUUACUCUCACCAUUGGAGAACAUGGGCAGCCUGCUUCAUACAGGCUGCUUGGCGACGCCACAAGAGAAGGAUGACAGCAAAAGAUCUGAGCUUGAGGGAAUCCUUUGCUUUGGAUGAGAAAGUAGCCUACGAGACUGGGGAAGGGGAAGAAGAUCUUUCUGUUGGUUCAAAUCCUUCCCAGGCAAAAAUGAAUCUCGGGGUCACAUUACUGGCUUCAAGGUUUGCUGCAAACACUAGAAGGGGAGCUCAAAAGAUCAAAGACGAGAUGCCAAAACUACGAAAACCUGAUGAACCUGACUUUUCCACUGAGCAUGAAUAUGAGUAGUAGCCUAAAUUAGGCUAUGGGUGUAAAGAUAGCUAUAGCUUUUCCUGACAAGGGUGACACUCAUUCAUUUACAACAGAAUCCUUUCAGUUGGGGGACUGGGUAUUUCGUGUGGAACACGGAUUCCGGCUGAUUGCAAUGCUUGAUAUCAUUCUCAUCCUAUUUAUAUCCUCAGAAUCAAUGUUGUGGGAAGAGAUUGUCUUUGGAGCUGGGGAUGUUGGAGAAGUUGGAUUUUACUGGAACAUGUAUAACAUUGUAUACUACUCUUGUGCCAAUUAGUUGUUAGCUUAAUCAGAGCAAGGCUUGUCCAAAUCAAUGAGCCAAACUAAAAAGGGUUGUCUUAUCCAAUUCCAAAUAGAAGACUUCAUGGCAGGGAAAUUCUGAAAA